GCCUUUUAAACCUGAGGGAGCGGGCGCGUGAGCACAUCAUGGCGCCCGUGACAGAGCGAGCUUAACGGAUUAAUAAGCGCAGCCAGGCCAGCUCUGGGGUCUCGGCAGGUGGUCCGCAGCAUGACCUCUGAGUUCUUCGCUGCCCAGCUCCAGGCCCAGAUCUCUGACGACACCACUCACCCGAUCUCCUGCUACAAGCCCGAGUUCUACACGCCGGUUGAUGGGGGCACUGCUCACCUGUCUGUCGUCGCAGAGGACGGCAGUGCUGUGUCCGCCACCAGCACCAUGAACCUCUACUUUGGCUCCAAGGUCCGCUCCCCGGUCAGCGGGAUCCUGUUCAAUGAUGAAAUGGACGACUUCAGCUCUCCCAACAUCACCAACGAGUUUGGGGUGCCCCCCUCACCUGCCAAUUUCAUCCAGCCAGGGAAGCAGCCGCUCUCGUCCAUGUGCCCGACAAUCAUGGUGGGCCAGGACGGCCAGGUCCGGAUGGUUGUGGGAGCUGCUGGGGGCACGCAGAUCACCACGGCCACUGCACUGGUAUGUGUCACACCUUUUCUCCCUGGCCGUGCCCACCCUGCACAGCCCCCAAGCCAUGCUGAUCACACUCCCAUGCCCCAGGCCAUCAUCUACAACCUCUGGUUCGGCUAUGACGUGAAGAGGGCCGUGGAGGAGCCCCGGCUGCACAACCAGCUUCUGCCCAACGUCAUGACAGUGGAGAGAAACAUUGACCAGGCAGUGACUGCAGCCCUGGAGACCCGGCACCACCGCACCCAGAUCGCGUCCACCUUCAUCGCUGUGGUGCAAGCCAUCGUCCGCACGGCUGGUGGCUGGGCAGCUGCCUCGGACUCCAGGAAAGGCGGGGAGCCUGCCGGCUACUGAGUGCUCCAGGCGGACAAGGCUGACAAGCAAUCCAGGGACAAGAUACUCACCAGGACCAGGAAGGGGACUCUGGGGGACCGGCUUCCCCUGUGAGCAGCAGAGCAGCACAAUAAAUGAGGCACUGGA